AUGACAUUCCACACUCCUAUUCAUCCUGUAUACGCUGCUUCCAUUGAAGCUCGCAAGGCUCUUCCUCCCCUUAGUCAAAUACCUAUCGAGAAGAUUCGUGAAGUAUCCAACCAACGAUCAGCUGGUUUGAAGCUUCCCCAAGUCAUUGAGCAAGAUAAGACAGUGGAAUUCGAGGGCAGAGCAUUGAAUUUGACUUUGCUUCGCCCCCUUGGUACCGAAAAUGAGAUCCUCCCAGUUGUUAUCUUUUAUCAUGGAGGCGGCUUUGUAAUGGGUUCCAAGUCUACUCAUGCCAAGAUUAUCCGAGAUAUUUGCAUCAAAAACCAUGUUGCCGUUGUUUUCCUUGAUUACUCGUUGGCACCUGAAGUCAAGUUUCCCGUGAUCCAUGAGGAAGCCUAUGCCACAUUGCAAUGGGUCCUUGCGAAUGGCAAAGACAUUCAUGUGGAUACUACCAAGCUGGCCUUGUGUGGUGAUAGUGCUGGUGGCAAUUUGACGGUGGCAGUUGCAUUAAUGGCAAAACAACGAGGUUUGCCUGAUAAUGUCAUCAAGACUCAAAUCGCCAUUUACCCAGCAACCGCUGACGUGCGUGAUCAUUACCACUCGUAUCAAGCAUUUGGCAACGGCGAGUACACGCUUACUCGUGAGGACAUGAAAUUCUUUGGUGAUGCCUAUUAUGAUGGUGCAACGGGUGGCGAUAAAAAGUGGUCAUGUCCCUUGUUGGCAUCCAUCGAAGAAUUAAGUGGAUUGCCUCCAGCACUUGUUUUGACAGCCGAGGCAGAUGUUUUACGUGAUGAAGGCGAGGACUAUGCACGCAAGUUGACUGAAGCUGGUGUCAAAACGGCUGCCGUACGCAUGAUUGGCGCAAUUCACGGCUAUAUCACUGUUCCUAGCCCUAUCGAUGUGCCUCAGUAUACCCAUACUCUUGCCGUGAUCAAGUGCCAGCUUGACGAGGCAUUCGGUAGAUCCUAA